AUGAAUGUUCCGACCGCGCUUUGCUUCAACCUCCUUUCUGCCUCUACUGCCUAUAUUGGUUUUUUCAUUGGUAUUGCUGUUGGUGAACUCUCUAAUGCCAGUCUCUACGCCUUCUCAAUCACUGCCGGUCUCUUUCUCUACAUUGCUCUCGCCAAUAUGGUGAGUUACUUUCUCCACAGGCCUUCACUUACCUAA